UCUUUUCAUUCAUCCGGUUGUCUUUUUUCCUUUUGGUUUGGUUUGGUCUCUCUCUCUCUCUCUCUCUCUUUUGAAGAAUCUCUAACGAGAGCAGCUGCCAUAUAACGAAUUAAGAUUUUCUCUUUGCUCUUUCUUCCACCCCCUCUCUCAGUUAAAAGGAGAGAGAGCUUUGACGAAAGAUAAAUUCAUCGUGGGGAAUGGCAGAGACUGUUAAUGAAGAUUCUGGAGUUGGAGGACGAUCAGUAGAGGAGAGUUCUAAUGGACAAUCAGGAGAAGCACUCUCUGAGUGGCGCUCUUCUGGUCAUGUGGAGAAUGGGACUCCGUCCACUUCCCCCUCUUACUGGGAUAUCGAUGAGGACGAUGAUUAUGGCCUAAGACCCUCUGAAUUAUUUGGAAAACAUACUUGGAAGAUUCCGAAAUUUAAAGAAAUCAACAAAAGGGAGCUCCGUAGCAGUAUUUUUGAAGCUGGCGGCUACAAAUGGUAUAUUUUAAUUUAUCCACAAGGAUGUGAUGUUUGUAAUCAUCUCUCCUUGUUUCUCUGUGUUGCAAACUAUGAUAAACUUCUUCCAGGCUGGAGUCAAUUCGCGCAGUUUACUAUAUCUGUGGUGAAUAAAGAUAUAAAGAAAUCGAAGUAUUCUGAUACAUUGCACCGGUUUUGGAAGAAAGAGCAUGAUUGGGGAUGGAAAAAGUUUAUGGAGUUACCUAAAUUACAGGAGGGGUUCAUAGAUGAUUCUGACUGUCUUACAAUUGAAGCUCAGGUGCAGGUGAUCAGGGAGAGAGUGGACCGACCUUUUCGAUGCCUUGAUUGUGGUUAUAGGAGAGAACUUGCUCGGGUGUAUUUGCCAAAUGUAGAGCAAAUUUGCCGGCGUUUUGUUGAAGAGAGAAGAAGCAAGCUCGGGAGGUUGAUAGAGGACAAGGCAAGAUGGAAAAGCUUCGGUGUUUUCUGGUUAGGGAUGGACCAAAACUCUAGGCGCCGGAUGUCUAGAGAGAAAAUGGCUGUAAUCCUAAAAGGAGUUGUAAAACAGUUUUUCAUAGAAAAAGAAGUUACAUCCACUUUGGUGAUGGAUUCCUUGUAUAGUGGGUUGAAGGCUCUUGAAGGUCAAACUAAGAACACGAAAGCUAAGCCAAGACUGUUAGAUUCCAAGGAAUUGCCAGCUCCGAUUGUUAGCGUGGACAAAGAUAUGUUCGUAUUAGUUGAUGAUGUGCUGUUACUCCUAGAGAGAGCUGCUCUAGAGCCAUUGCCUCCAAAGGAUGAGAAAGGCCCCCAGAACCGCACAAAGGAUGGCGAUGAUGGAGAAGAGGUCAACAAAGAAGCCUAUGAGCGUGAUGAGAGACGUUUAACUGAGCUUGGUAGACGAACUGUGGAGAUAUUUGUUCUUGCCCAUAUCUUCAGCAGUAAAAUUGAGGUUGCAUAUCAAGAAGCUAUUGCCCUCAAAAGGCAGGAAGAACUUAUUCGUGAGGAAGAGGAAGCAUGGUUGGCUGAAAGCGAACAGAGGGCCAAAAGAGGAACAGCCGAGAGAGAGAAGAAAUCUAAGAAGAAACAGGCGAAACAGAAACGGAACAAAAAUAAAGGGAAGGACAAAAAGAAGGAAGAAAAAGUGAGUUCUAUGACACAUGAAAAGGAUCUUGGGGAAAACCAAAACGAUGAGGAAGAAAAGGAUUCUGUCAUAGAGAAAGCACAAUCCUCAGCUGAAAAGCCUGAUACUCUUGAAGAUGUGUCCAACAUAUCUGAUUCUGUGGAUUUUUCAGCUGAAAUUCUUCAGCCUGAUUUAGAAGAUAGGGAUAGUAGCUCCGUUCAUUGGGAUACUGACGCUUUAGAACUUCAUCCUCCAUCAUCAGGAGGGAGCAUUAGAGGAAGAGGCAUUUCCAUAGCUACAUCCAAUGGAAUUGCAGAAGGAAAGAGUCAGUCCACUAUGGAUGAUAGUUCUUCAACUUGUUCUAAUGAUUCUAUCCUGUCGGGGGUUACCAAUGGGUCGUACCAAGGGAAUGCCUUGAAUUUCCGAAACCAGAAGUCGCCGAACAAAGGCAAGAACCAACAAGUAAAAGCAACAUCUGAUGCCCACAGUUUACCGAGUGAGACAGAUGAUCAACCUUCAACACUUGCAACAGACCCAAAGAGUCGGAAUUAUUCUUCCGAGGCAAGCAACGCUGGUGAAUCUGAUUGGGUUGUUGUCUCCCACAUCCAGGAGUCAGAGGGUUCUCGAAAUCGUAAUCUUGUUGGGAAGGAACGCAACAUGGCUCAAACCACUGUGAACUCGGUCGACAUGGAUCGACCUAAAGAGAAAAGCACUGCUGUACUUUCUUCUCCCAGAAGUGUUGCCAAGUAUUCUUCACCAUUAACUCCAACAAAACCGGAGAAAAAGAGUUUUUCAACCGCAGAUGCUAUUCCGAACAGGAAAGUAGUGUCAGCAACUGGACCACAUUCACCAAGUCAAGUAGUGCCUUCUUCGGAUAUUCAGUCUCAAACUGUUGGCCUUAGAGUUGAUAUGCAAAAAAUCUCUGCUCCAAAACAACCAGCAGCAACAACAACUAUAUCAAGGCCUUCUAGUGCUCCAAUAAUCCCUGCGAUGCAACCCGCCCCUACCACUGUCUCUUCGCCGGUUCAAAUGACGACAUCCCUUCCCCGCUCGGUUAGCUCAGCUGGUCGUCUAGGUCCUGAUCCAUCCCUACACAAUCAGCAGACAUUCACUCCGCAAUCCUAUAAACAUGCGAUAGUUGGUAACUCUCUUGGCUCAUCAUCUAGUUUCAACCACCACCCAAACUCUCAUGGAGUUGUCCAAACCACAUUGCCAUCAUCAUCUUACUCGCAAACACCGACAUCAUCUUCUUAUCAGCCGAGCUUCCCUUUCAACCAAGAUGGUGGGCACUUGUGGACAGGAAGGAAUUCGAAUUCUGUAAACAUUGGCAUGAACAACCCUUACACAAGCGCCGCCACUAGCAACAGAUCCCUGAACCACAUGGACAUUCAGAUAGCGCAGCAACAAGCACAGAGCUUAAUGAUAGAUGAGUUUCCUCACCUGGACAUCAUCAACGAUUUGCUGGAAGACGAACAGUGCAGCAACAUGGUGUUUAACGGAAGCAUAUUCAAUCCACAACAAGAACAACAACAAGUGUUCAACGGGGGGCAGUACUCAACAUACCAUGGUGAUGCAGGUGUGUCAUUGUCUGGUAGCAGGUCGAGGAGUUUUGGAGAAGAAGGAUUACAUUACAUGCCAGGAGGAGCAUAUGUAGAUGGUGUGAUGCCGACACAGUGGCAAAUGGCGAACAUGGACUUGUCUAUGCUAGCAAUGAGGAACAAUAACAUAGAAGAUGCAGCAAAUUACCGUCAGACAUACUUUGGAAUGGAUGCUGGGAACCAGGGCGGGAUAAACGGGUACACAGAGUACAGGCCAGCGAAUGGUCACUGAGAGAGAGAGAGAGAAGAGAAGAGGUGGGUUUUUAACCUCAGCAGGCAUGCUCUCUCUGAGGAAAUGAAGCAAAUGGAGGAAUUGGGAUUUGUAAUGUUUUUUUUUUUUUUUUUAAUAUAAAAAAAGGAAAAAAGAAAAGGAAAUCAUGGAAAAUACAAUUUGUGUAAAGAGAGAGUUUGUCUUUGUCUUGUUGCUCUCCUCUACGUUUCAAAUGAAUUUCUUUUUUUCUUUCUUUCU